CAAAGAAGCGACAAGGGAACAAGUUCACCUGCUGAUCGCACCCAUCUCUGAGUUUGCAGCCGCAGAGCAGAGACGAGGAGAUCAACAUGAGUUUGAAAGAAGCAGAAAGAGGAUUUGUGAUCUGCCUUCUCAUUCUCUCAGGUACUUUAUGUUGAUCUUAUUUUUCUGGUUCAUUAUGUAUGAUAAUAGUGUUUAAUGUUCAUUUUCAGCAUCAUAACUUUAGCUUUAACUGUAAAGUUAAUUAAAUAACAAAUUGUCUGUUGAUCUACUUUUUUUCAUUGUCUGUGCAAAACUAAGUCAUUACUUUCCUCUGUUAUAAAAACAUUAAAUAAGUAUUUUAAUUUAGACCCACAUGUCUCGAUCAAAGUUCGGACUUGAAAAGUGAAUUUUAGAGAAACAACACUCUAAAAUAAUUUAUUCUGAUGCUGUCAGCUUUUUAAUUUUUGGAUAACUGGACGUUUUUUAUGUGACUAUAAAUAUCCCUUCUUUUAUAAGCUGUAUCAAACCAUUGCUGAAAUUGCCCCAUAGCAGUACUAUUUUCCUAUUUUCUGGUUUAUUGUAAGCAAGGCUUCUUGUAAUUAUCAGUUCAACACAAUAUUGCCCCAAAGUCCAGUUCAGCUCCACUUCCUUUACGAUGUGUACAUAAGUGACACAACCUGACAUGGAACUUUCACACUUCACAACUCAUUGCCUUUGUCAGUACUGUUUUCACAAUAGCUGUGUGGUUAGAUUGGUAAAUUUACCCAGAAAAACCUGCAAGAAAAUAUAAGUAUCAGACUGAACAAUUAAAACCUGAAAGAAAAAAAAAAACUCACUGAUUUUGUGAUGAAGGGAUGAGAAGUGGUGCCAUCCAAAAUUCUUUCCAAUAUUGUAUUUUUCUGCAAUAUAAAUUGCACAUUCUUGGAGAGUCAGCAGCAGAAGCAUCAGAAAGAGUUUGAGGAACUUGUGUGGGAGAUAAGCUGAGAAACUGUCACUUAACUGUGACGAAGAAGAAGUUUGCACCAUAAGUGAUAGCACGUGCUAACACAAGUAUUUAUAUGAGGGCUUUGUUCGAGACCGUGUUCGUUUGAAGAAUAUCUGCUAUUGCUUCCACGUUGGAUUGUUGAUAGUCACAAUCAAGUGAUUAGAUGAAGCACUGAGGCCCUUUUUGCACAAACCUGUUGAGCAGACGAAGUAAUAAAACCUUUCACAAUAUGGAAGACAAGUGGUCCAAGAGUCAAAAAGAAUCUGAGGUACAACACAGAAAACCCCUCAGAAUCCAGUUUAGAAAUCAAAGUCAUGGAGAAUCAGCUGAACGAAUGACCCUCUUCACAACCUUUUUAAGCAAACUGAUAAAGAAUGCAAGCAAUAAAGUCAGUGACUCACAGUGAGCUGUAACACCUCCUUGCCUUUCCCUGAUCACAUCUGAUCUCGGAAGCUAAGGGUCAGGCCCGGUCAGUACCUGGUUGGGAGACAGCGAGGGAAUACCUGGAAUUCUAGGUGAAUACAGUUAGAGGUUGCAUGGCCGAUGGUGAGAGUCGGUGGCUGCAGGGCUGAUGUUGAAAAAUACAGCUAAUGUGGAAGGGCAGAAAGUUGUAAUUCUGGAAUAAUUCCAGUAGGGGCCGAUGAAGUUGGUUCCAAAACCAUAUAAAGCGCCUGGUUUCAGAACAUUUUUUGGCCUCUAUUACUAGUUUCCACAACUGAGUCAUCUUGACCAGAGUCUAAUUUUCAUGUAAAUCAACUGUUGAUUUUAUUUUAUGAGUUUUGCAUAAAUCUGCCUACCACAGCGCCUCCUCUGUCCAAGUGAUGCAGUCAUGUGACGGGCUUGACCAAUGACACAUCUGCAUCAAAUGUUAAAUAUAGAGACGUCCUGCUCAAAUCCUCAAAAUGGGAUUUCAGAACACCAUGGGUGAAGCCACGUAGUAAUCGUCCAUCUUUUAUAUACCGCUACUGGUGCAGAUUGCAGUCUUCCUUCCAUCAGUCUACCCCAGGGUAGCUGUGCCCACAUAUGUAACUGAGUAACCGAGCAAAUUCAUUCAUCCAUUUUCCUUGCGGUUUGUCCUUUCAGAGUUGCAGGGGGCUGGAGCCAAUCCCAGAUUUAUUUGGGCGAGGGCAGGGUCCAGCCUGAACAGUUUGCCAGUCUGUUGCACGGCCGACAAACAACCACGCACUCUCACAUUCCCACCUAGGGGUAAUUUAGGGUUGAUAAUUAACCUGACAUGCAUGUUUUUGGAGUGCCUUUCAACAUGGAGUAAAUGCAAUUGUAAGUGACUUUGAGCUCCCUGAAGGCAGGUGCUUCAUUAAACCGAUGCAUUAUUAUUGUAUUUUUUGUCAAUUGGAGAGACAGGCCUGCUAACCCAUAUUGAUGGAGUAAAAUGCUUUAAUAGAUGGUGGGUAUCAGUUUUGAUCUUGUUAGUAAAACAGCUUCUGUGUGUGUUUCUUUUAGGCCCUGUUCACACAAAAACCUUUCAAGUGAAAAUGCAUAAUUUUCACAUUUUCUUUUCAGAAAAGUUUGGUGUUUACAAGGCAAAUCUUUCAAAAAAUGAAUAUGUAAAUUCAAACUGUAUUCUUUUGUUUCAGUGGUGAAGAGUCAAAAUAGAUAUGGAGUGAGUUACUCUUCAUCUCAGAUUUGUGCCUUGAAAGGAUCGACAGUAAAAAUACACUCCAUCUACAUAUAUCCAUAUGCAAUAAAUGAGACGCUCACAGUGGUUGAAAAAGGACUCUGGUUCAUGAGAAAGAACGGUGAUCAGCCGGUGGAUCUGCAGACAGAAGCACAGUUUGCAGGUCGGGUGACGUAUGAAUCUGAUAAGAACCAUCACAACCUGACAAUCAAGGAUCUGAGAGAGAGCGACUCUGCAGAGUUCAGCUUCAUGUUCACAACAAAUCAGCCAGGUGGAGGAGCUGCUGGUUCACCAGGAGUCACUCUCACUGUCACAGCACUUCAGGUGGUGGUGACGAAGCCAAGUCCACGGUUGUAUCCUUCUUGGGCAGAGUUGAAGUGCUGGAGUAGGUGUAAUUUACCAACAGAUCAUUUUGUCUGGUACAAGAACGGACGGAAAAUCUAUGAAAACCAAUUUGAGGUCCGGCAGUACUUCAAAUAUGAAGACAGCAUGUCCUGUGCCAGGAAAAGUUAUGAGAAGUUUCCCUCUCCUUCAGUGUGCAUCCUCAGGCCAAACUGUAACAGAGUGACCUAUUCUGACAGGGCAAUCUGCGCCCUCAGUGGUCAAACUGUGGAUAUUUCAUGCUCAUAUAGCAGCAGAGAUCACGUUGUAUCAUUGUUCUGGUUCAAACCGAACCCCCGUCUUCAGUUAGACCCUGAUGACCUCAACAACGACCCCCAGUAUGCAGGUCGUAUUGAGGUCCUGGAACCAGAGAGAGGACGCUCCGUUCUGAGAAUCAAUGAACUAAAAGAGAGCGAUUCAGCUGAAUACCAAUUCAAAUUCAAAACCAAAGGGUUUGAAUGGAGGAGCAGUCUACCUGGAACAACGCUGACUGUCACAGCUCUGCAGGUGGAGGUUACCAGAAUAAUAAUGGUCCAUCAGUCCCACACUGAGGCGGAGCUGAUGUGCCGAAGCAGCUGCGGUCCGGCUGGUCAUCUCUCUUUUGUGUGGUUCAAGAAUGGAAAGAAAAUUCUGACACAGCAAACUUCAACUUACACAGACAACUUUUAUCCUGGAGAUGUCGUCUCCUGCACGUUUCAAGGACACGAGGAUAACUGCUCUCCAUCUGUCUAUCCUUCAAAGCUUCCCGCUCUAUUUGUGAGUCCGUCCGGUGAGAUCGUGGAGGGCGGCUCGGUCACUCUCACCUGUCGCAUCGAUGGAGAUCCAGCAGUUACAACUACUUUGUCCAAAGACAACCGCACUCUGCUGCUUGGACCAGCAGGGACUCAUAAUUUCACCUCCAUCAGCUCUAAUGACAGAGGGCUCUACCACUGCAGGUCUCAGGAUCAGCACUCUGUGUAUUUAUUCAUAGAUGUGCAGUACGCUCCUAAGCUUCCCCUGGUGUCGGUGAGUUUCUCUGGUGGGAUCGUGGAGGGCAGCUCAGUGUCUCUGACCUGCAGCAGUGACGCUAACCCAGUAGCUAAUUACACCUGGCACAAGGAGGAGGAAGAGUUACCCAAAGCAUCGGGGGAGAUCUUCACCAUCACUGAUUUCAGACCUGAACACAGCGGAGGUUACUACUGUGAAGCUCAGAACAGCAGAGGACGUCGCAAGUCCACCGUACAUCGGCUUAGUGUUGCAAGUUCGUGGAAACUUCCAGUGGCUCUAUCGAUCACCGCUGUGUUUCUGGGUUUUGUCCUCCUUUUUCUCAUUCUGUGGUUUAGAAGAGAGAGAUCUUCCAAGCAACAGUCAGAAAGAUCAGAGGCCAUCAGACAGCAGGAGGAUGACCUUCAAUAUGCAAGCGUACAGUUCACGGUGAAGAGAGAAGACCCCGUCUAUUCUAACUUCAACCCGACACAGCUCCAUAGACAAGAAGAGGAAAAUGUCGUUUACGCAACUCCCAGAUGCUCCAGUGCUCCAGGUACAAGUUGUGAGGAUGCAUCUGCACUUUAUGGGAAUGUGAACAAAGGCUUCCGAGAGUGAAGACUUUAUGGAUGUGCUGUUUCUGCUGCACAGGGAACCUUCAAACACGCCGUUAAAAUUCAACAGAAAGGCAAUGAUGACCCCAGGAAUAGUAUCUGACAAUCACUGUUUUUUCUAUUUUUUAAAUAUAUUUUUUUCAUUACUUUGAAAAAUCACCCUUUCAGAAACAAAAGUCUUGAAAAAAAUGCGUGUUCACAUUUUACAUGUAUGACAUUUUAUGUGGUUUGUGCACAUCUUUCUUGAUCUGCUUUCAUUAGCACCAUAAACACGACGAGCCAAAAGUUGCCAUUGAACUACCAGUUUUCAUUGGUUUUCUGACUAUAUCUAACAGGUCUCUGAUAUGAACUGGCUAAAUUCUGAGGAAUUUCCACUUCUCUAAUUGGAAAGUUUUUAGCAGGUGAAAUAUUUGAUACUGAAGAACAACAAGCUUCCUGAAGGGAGCCAAGAAGAACGUGACCUUUGCACUCCCCCUGCUGCACUUAUGUCAGUCUGCUGUGGGUAAGAGAGAACCGCUGUUUUCUUUUUACAUAUUCUAAAUAAAUAAACAUCAAGUCAAAUCAAACCACAGCACACGACACAGAGGUUGAUAGAUAUGGGAUUUUAAGAUAACGCUCCCGAUAGCUCAAAACUACUGCAGAUUUAGAUUCUGGAGACAGGAGUCUGCAGACUCAACCACCCAUUCAGUCAUUUUCGCAGCAAACUGAAUAAUAGGAUUUUGGAACUUUGGAGGUUAGAGUCUUCAGUAUGUCAACAAUGAGAAACAAAACUAAUGGGAUUGCAAAGGUGCAAAACUGUUUAAAUUCACACAUUCUGUAAUGUUUGCAUUGCAGUCAAAAAACUAGUGACAGUGGACAUUUUAACAGUUUUCUCAUAUGUAUAACAAUUUUCCCAAUGUAUUGUUGAGGCAUAAAAUAUAUUGUACUUCGUGUGGUGCUUAGCCCACCUACGGGCUUCACUAUUGGUAACCUCCUUUGAGACAGAUCAAAGCAGCUGCCGUGUCAAUCCUGUAUGUGCGGUGGCGCAUCCCACACCCCUCACCACCGCUAUAUAGGCGGGUGAGCCCCUCAAUCUCCCUUCCUCUUUCUCAGCUCCAAAGGUGCAAAACUGUUUAAAUUCACACAUUCUGCAAUGUUACCAUUGCAGUAAAAAAAACUAGUGAUAGACAUUUUAAAGGAGAACUAGAAUUUGGCACUCAGAGAGCGCAGACCUCCGCCACAGGUCAAAUCAGUCACCAAGCCACAUCGCAUGCCGCACGCCCCCUGUCGGUGGGCCUGCCCAACUAUGUGAAAGACGCCCUAUCUCUCAGUGAUAAAGAAUCCUUUAAAAAAUUCCUGGAUCCAGACAGUGAUCCGGAUCAUCACCAAAAUUGUAUGGAUUCUAAGUUAA